GGCGCGGUUAAAUGACGUUACAUAUGCGCCAAUAUAAUAUACAUGCGGACUGUUUCAAAGUUAAUUACCUUAUCUAGUUUACUUUGUUUUUCUGGUAUGUUCGCCCCUUUGUGGGAGGAUAUCAGGGUGGUGAAGUAAUGUAAACAUACGUAUUUUUCUUGAAAACGAAGUAGUUUUGAUUUAUUCUUAAAUGAAGCCGGUUAUCUUUCUGGAAAGAGCACAAAACAAGCUAGUCAACAGCUAGUUGACUCUUCACAGAUGGCCGAUGACAGUGUGAAAAGUGAGGUUUCUGCCCAGCAGCAGAAUGACAAUGGAGAUGAUAAGAGCAGUCAGAAGACUGUGAACAGUAAUGGAGAAGCUCCAACAGAACAUCAAACUCUGUCUAAAAGGCAGAGAAAGAAGCUCCUGAAACAGCAGAAAUGGGAGGAAGAGAGAGAGCUACGAAAGCAGAGACGAAAGGAGAGGAAGCAGCAGCGAAGGAUGCAGAAACUGGAUCAUCAGGAGGAGGAAGAAGGAGAUAUCCCGAGUGCCAGGAAACGCAUAUGCAGAGAAGUUACGCCCAGUUCACUCAGGCUGAUGGUGGACUGCAGCUUUGACAACCUCAUGCAGAUCAAGGAUGUCUGUAAGCUUCACAAGCAGAUCCAGAGGUGCUAUGCUGAGAACAGACGAGCCUUACAUCCAGUGCAGUUUUACCUCACAAGCCUGGGUGGACAGCUGAAACAGAACAUGGAUGAAAAGGACAAAGGGUGGGUAAACUGGAAGGACAUCACUAUUAAAACUGAGCACUACAGCGAAGUUGUAGCCAAGGAAGAUCUGGUGUACCUGACAUCAGACUCUCCCAAUGUACUGGAGGAGCUGGACCAAAACAAAGCUUAUGUAAUUGGAGGCCUAGUGGACCACAACCAUCAUAAGGGUGUCACCUUUGAGAGGGCGAAGGAGCUGGGGAUCAACCAUGCCCAGCUUCCUCUGAGCAGCUUUGUCAAGAUGAACAGUCGCAAGGUUCUGGCAGUCAACCAUGUUUUUGAGAUCAUCCUGGCAUACCUGGAGAAGGGCAGCUGGCAGGAGGCCUUCUUCACCAUCCUGCCUCAGAGGAAGGGGGCAGUGGCUGUCAACCAGGAUGGAAUAACCAUUCAAGAAAAAGAGGAGAAAGAUUCUGACUCUGACACAGACACACCAUAGCAAACGGAGAAAAGAGACAAAUGGACAACUCCAAGCAAAGUUCCAACAUUGGCUGCUGGAAAUGAAGAGGAUGGGGAAAUGGAAAUAUUUGAAUUUAUUGAUGCUAAUGCUAUGUUCAGAAGAGUGAAGUUGGUUUCUUUAAAACUUCAAACAGCUUUUUGAUUUUAUUUUUUUUUUACCAGUUAUUUAUUGAAAGUUUUAUGUUGUCCACUCAAGUUUAGUUGGACUGCUGAUACAAAUGGAAGAUUUACGUUUUACAGUAAAUUAUGGAAGAAUAUAUAGUAUGUAUGAUAAUAACAUAAUUUUUUCUUAUUUUAGUUCAUUUGUUUGGAACUGAAAGCUAAAGCUGUCAAAUAUUGCUAAAUUGACUCAUUUAAAAGAAAAGAUUUAAGACAAUAAAGGCAAAAAAAAUUUCUCUCUGACUGUGGGAGUCCUGAAGUAUGGGAGAAAUUUUGAGUGAGUGUAAAAAUUAAACGAAUUUUAAUACAGUUUGUGGAGAGUUGAAGAGUUUUAGGGCUGAAAGACCCAAGGACACCAGCAGGAGACUUAAUUUUGUGAGAAUAAUGUGCAAUCCAAGUGUCUCAUCCUUUUUAUAAAUUGACUCAUGUUACUGAGUUUUCUUUUUAAUUGUUGUUUUUUUGGGUUAAGCCUAGUUGUAGGGAGGCCCCAGUAAUAGACCAGGGCUCCAGGCUGUUGUCCUGUUUGCCUAUGCCAGGGGUGUCCGACCAUUUGCCAUGGAGAGCCAGCAGUCUGAGGAUUUUCUUUUCAACCAGUAGGUGAAUUCUUCCGCACGGUUUCUCAGUUGGUUAACUUGUGGUUGGAAUGAAAACCUGCAGAUUGUUGGCUCUUUAUGGCAUAUGGUAAACCAGGCUUAGGCUGUG